AUGGAUGCAAUACAGCAGGGGAACCCUGAAUAUCAACUAGGAAUCAUUGAUUUUGUGAAGUUUGUAAUUGAACAUGGUGAUGGAAGUCAAUUACACUUAUGUCCAUGCAGAUUCUGUCGCAAUAUGAAGGCAAUGUCAAUCAAAGAUAUGUAUGACCACCUGAAUCAGAAAGGUAUCAUGCGCAGUUACAAUAUAUGGACCAAGCACGGUGAAGUAGCAGAUCAUAAUCCUUCACUUGAAGAAAUCCAAGCUGGAUACUUUCAGCAAGUCGGGUCAUCAAGUGACUAUGUAAGUCCUCAUGUGGAGCCUACUAUGCAUAUUUUACAUGAUACUUUUCCUUCGUUUGCUGCACGACAUGAUGAAGAUGUAGUUUAUGACACCACUGUUUUUCAAGGUGAUGAUUUCUCAAACUAUGGUGAUGUAGAUUAUGAUACUUAUACCAUGUUGCUUGCUAGUGUUCAAACUCCUUUAUUUGAAGGUUGUGAUAAGACUGUUUUGGGGACCAUCAUCGAACAAAUGCAUCUAAAAGUGAAUAACAGAUGGUCAAAUAAGUCUUUUGACGAGAUGUUAAGGAGUUGGAAGAAGGUCCUUCCCCCAGGAAACUUACUUCCUAAUAGUUAUUACAAGUGCAAAAGGAUAUUGAAAAGCCUCGGCCUCGGUUAUAAUAAAAUCCAUGCUUGUAAGAAUAACUGCAUGUUGUUUUACAAGGACGACAUCGAAAGGCAGAGUUGUCGCAUUUGCCACGAGUCGAGGUGGGAGGAAUGUUCUGCAUCCAUGAAGAAACCUAAACCUGUGAAGGUGCUCCGUCAUUUCCCCUUGAUUCCUAGGUUGAAACGUCUCUACAUGUCUGCACACACUUCAAAAGAGAUGAGAUGGCACGCAGAAGUGAGGAAAGAUGAUGAUACACUCAGACAUCCCGCAGAUGAUGAGGCUUGGAAAUUCUUUGAUAGAUCAUUUCCUGAUUUUGCAGCAGAUGUUCGAAAUGUAAGACUCGGACUUGCAACAGACGGGUUCAAUCCUUUUGGAAAUAUGAAUCUAUCGUAUAGUAUUUGUCCCGUGAUGGUUGUGGCAUACAACUUGCCUCCUUGGAUGUGUAUGAAGAAGGAAUAUAAUAUGUUGACUUUGUUAAUUCCUGGUCCGCAGUCACCAGGAAAGUGUUUGGAUGUAUUUCUGCAACCAUUGAUUGACGAACUGCUGAUGUUAUGGGAAAAUGGAGCUCGUACAUUUGAUAGGAACAGUGGAACUUCAUUCAUGAUGAGAGCAGCAUUGAUGUGGACCAUCAGCGAUUUUCCUGGUUACGGGAUGUUGUCAUCGCAAGCCACUAAAGGCUAUUAUGCUUGUCCGGUCUGCUUAAGUGAAGUACAUUCUGAAUGGUACGCUGGAAAGGUGUGUUAUCUAGGUCACCGUAGAUGGCUUCCAGCAGACCAUGAGUGGCGGUAUGAUGCAGCUGCAUUUGACGGAUUUCAAGAGUUCCGUAUGAAACCCCAAGAGUGGUCUGGUGAUGAAAUUUUGGACAAGUUAAACUCCUUUGAUUUUGGGCAGCUGAGUUGUGAUCCACGAGUACCAGUUCCAGAGCGACCUAAUGAUUUUUUGUGUUGGUCGCACAAGAGUAUAUUCUUUGACUUGCCUUAUUGGGCAAAAUUGAUACUCAGGAACGCUUUAGAUGUCAUGCACAUAGAGAAAAAUGUCACUGACAACAUUGUGGGAAUAACUCUGAGCAUUAAAGGCAAGAAUAAAGACACCCCAAAAGCACGAGAGAAUCUUCAAGAGUUGAAAAUUCGCAGACGGUUGUGGCCUAAGAAGGUGGGGUCAACUAUUAAAUAUCCUAUUGCACCUUUCACAAUUAGACCAAAUUUGAAGAAAAAAGUAUUGCUUUGGUUUAAAGGAGUAAAGUAUCCUCAUGGGUAUGCGGGAAAUAAGAUAGUUGGAAUGAAGACUCAUGACUGUCAUGUGUUGGUGCAACGACUUCUUCCUGUGGUUAUUCGACCAUAUUUACCUCAUGAUGUGGUGGAACCAAUAAUAGCAUUGUCCAGAUUUUUUCAAAAGUUGUGUGCUAAAGAGUUGAAGAAGUCAGAUGUUCUUAUGUUGAAAGAAGACAUUGUUUACAUCCUUUGCAAAUUAGAGCGGAUUUUCCCACCAGCUUUCUUUACAAUCAUGAUCCACCUUUUGAUCCACCUUCCCGAAUAA